AUGAAGUGCUCGCAGAUUUUAGUCCUGUGGGCCUUUGGGGUGCUCAUCUUAUGGCUUAUGGCCCCCUGCUUGGAUCUAACACCUGAAUCAGCACCCCAGGAAAAACGGAAGUACCUGGUACCAUGGAGUUCCACCUGCCCUUGGUUCAAAUUCAGAAAGCGUGGCUGCCCUUCUGAGCCCCUCAACUGCUCCUCCUGCCACCACACAUCUGGAGAAUGCAACUGGUUUAACAUAUGCUACAAGAAGACCAUGGGGUACCUGAUGAGGAGAAAAGAGUCUAUGGCCUCUGACAGUGUACUCUGGUGGUUGGGCAGGAACUCAGGGAGCGAGCUUGGGAAAGUGUGGAACAAGGUGUUUAGGGUGAUUCGGAUACCCUCAGCAAGCCAUUUUGAUUUCUACUGUGGGACUUGUGCAGUGUUGGGGAGCUCACUGACCCUGCAGGGCUCCAGCCUUGGUGACAACAUGGACCAGCACCCCAUUGUCUUCGGGAAUGCCAGCAAUCAAGGUUCCUGGAGGCAGCUGCUGUGGCUGCUGCAGCUUCCUGACCUGGCAUGGACUCAAGAGGCUCUGAGCGAGGAGGUGAUGGAGUCAUCCUCAGGCAUUCUCAGUGUGGAGUCUGUGUUCCCUGGAGAAGGUUGUGGCCCCUUUGGAUUUAGAGCAGAACAGCAAGGAAAGUGGUUCUAUUACUGGGAGGAUCAAAAUCAGGCCAAUGGCUGCAAGGAGAUACUGUCCUUGAAUGGUACAGAGCAGAACUGGAAGUCGUUCCUCAGCUGGAUGGCGUGGGCAAGCUCACUGUCCACAUGUGACACAUGA